AUGGGCUACUGGCCGAUUGUGCAUGGCAAGAAAUGGCGCGCGAAAAAAUACGAUCUAACUGAUCUGCUGAUCUACGCGGGCACAACAAGAGCAAUGCAAAUGUUUUUGACUAUUUACGUGGCAGAAGAUCAACGAAACGUCUCACGUCGUUUAAUUUACAUGCUGGGCUUUGAGGAUGCGAUUGAUGUGUUCAAAAGGCGUGAGUUCGAUUCGAUCCAGAGCGCGUCGGUGCAAAAUCUUUGA